AUGGACAAAAAAUUUGAAGCUUUAAUUGACAGCGCAAUAGAGAAAUUUACUAUGGUUGGUGUUGACGUUAAAGGUGUUUUAGUUUGUGAUAAAAAUGGAUUAUCAUUAGCAAGUAAAGAUGUUUCGAUAUCUCCUGGACCCACAGCACGUUUAGCUGAAUUAGCAGCAUCAUUAUCAGGUCGAAGAACAACUGUUUGUCUUGAACAUAAUGAAGAUCAAGUAUUGAUUCAGCAAACAGAUAAAGCAGUUGUUAGUGUAUAUACAAAACAUGCAACAUAA